UAGAUCCUCAUCAGAAUGCUGGAGAAUAUUGACAUGUGUGUCUCUGCAGUUCAGUUUGCAGGCUCUCUGGGUAAGCUGACGGUCUCCAGCGUCAACAACCCUCGCAAGAUGAUCGAUGCCGUGGUGACGAGUCGCACCGAUGACGAGGAGAAAAGAGAGAAGCAGGUUUGGAAUAAGAGGCGACAGAUCCUCUACACUGUGGAGAAGAUGUACAGUUUGCUGCUGGAGGUUCAAGACUUUGAGAAGCGUUUUGUCCAGGCACCGGAGGAGGACAGGGAGGCUCUGCUGGAGCAGCACAAGAGCCGAACCCUGCAGCUGUGCAACACUCUGCGGGAGAAGGAGUGGGACGACAGGGUGAGUGAUGAGCAGUGUGUAAUGAUCAUGUCAGUGAGGAAGGGCAAGCGCCUCAUCUCCAGGCUCCUCCCCUUCCUACCUUCACCCCAGGCUGCCGCCGUUGUCAUGGCGAUUUCCCGCAACCUUCCUGCCUUGGCCAAGAAGGAUAAGCAGGACCAGGUGCUGUGCUGGUUGGUGGAGCCGGUUGCCCCAGUGAUCCAGUCUCUGUGCAGCUCCGCCCUCACUGACCUGCUCCAGGAGCUGCAGGGCAGCGAGGGCCAGCUGGCCUCAGUACUGCACAACAAGUUUGGUGUGACGCUGCUCUAUCUGAUCCUGAGUGAAGGAGAGAGGAUGCAAAGCUCUGACUCCAACUGUCAGCUCAUGGACGACAAUCGAUGGACUGAGUUGGUGUUCUCGGUGACGAGGGAGUUGCUCAGCGUCCCCCCCUCAUCUCUGUCCCCUCCCCUCUUCACCCCUCCCAACCUGCUCUCCCUCUUCUCGCGCUAUGUGGACCGACAGAGGCUGGAGCUGCUACAGGACAAGCUACAGAUCACUUCUUUGUCCAGGUAGAAGUUACGACAGCAACACAGCCCCCCGAUGCAGACCUUUCUUUCUCUGUGAGUGUGUGCGUGCAUGCGUGAGGCAGUGAAUCCAUGGUGGAUUGUAUUUUAAUGCAGCAGAGUCUCUAGUCACUUUUUUUUUUUGUGUUUUUAGUCUCUGGUGUGUAAGUAAAUGUGUGUGUGUGUGAGAGUGUGAGUGACAGUGACACAGCGCAUGACAGACGGGAGAGUAUGGCGACGAUAAUGAAAUCUGCAUUUUUAAAUAUCUUGUUUACGAUUAUGCCUGUGAUGAACCUUCAAAUUAAAAAGUAUUUCUAUU